AACGCUCCCCAGCAAAUGCAUCUCUAGCGACUUCCUGAUUGGUCCGCCUGCUCAAAUUCCAGCCAAUGAGGACGAGCCGCAGCAAAUUUGGAUCUGCAGCCGCAACACUUCGGUCUGAGCGCUCGUCUACGAAGCAACAACAUAGAAAACCUGAGCUGUUUACACCAGUUAAAAACGAUCUGGUGCGGUGUCUUCUCCUUCAUCAACUAAGAGAGUCAGACCGGCCGGAAAGUUGAAACACGCAGAUCUGAGUGCAGCCGCUGCGGGGUUUGUUUUCGGAGGAGUGAAGAAGAAAAAGCAGCAGCCAGCCAGCCAUGCCUGCACCGCGGGGAAAGAAACCCACCGUCGCUGCUGGGAGCAAGAUACCCAAGCUAACUGCUCCAGCAUCCACUGAAAACCAGGAGGAAGGCCCACAGGUGAAGAGGUCCUCCUCCCCUCCCCACGGAGCCCCCAAGAAGAGGACUGCUUUCAUCGACAUCACUAAUGCUGUCGGCCUGUGCGCGUCAGACUGUCGGCCCGACGGCGACGGCAGCUUCGGGACAGCUCAUAAGGUUCAGAUCAGCCUUCCAGGGAGGAAGAAGGACGCGGCGAAGAAGCAGGCGAAGAAAACAAGCUCCACCUCGGUGUCGGCGAGGAAUCAAGACAACCUGAAAAAGUCUUUAUCUGUGAGCUCAGAGGGGAAAGAAAGGACUGAUGCUGAGGAGGAGGGGAAGAAGCAGCCAGAGGAGGAGGAGGUGCAGAAGGAUGUAGCAGCCCCAGUAGAGGAGCUGGUAGCUGCUGCGCCCCCUGCUGUCUGUGAAGUGCCUGCACACCUUCGCAAGCAAGCAAUCCCAGAGCAGUUUGACAUCGACUCCGAGAACUCCGAGGACUGUUACAUGUGUCCCGAGUACGCCAAGGACAUCUUCGACUACCUAAAACACAGAGAGGAAAAGUUUGUCCUCUCCAACUACAUGCACAUGCAGCCCAGCCUCAACCCGGAGAUGAGGGCCAUCCUGAUUGAUUGGCUGGUUGAAGUACAGGAGAACUUUGAGCUGUACCACGAGACCCUGUACCUGGCUGUGAAGAUGGCCGACCACUACCUGUCCAAGACUCCGGUCCACCGGGAGAUGCUGCAGCUCGUCGGCUCCACCGCCAUGCUCAUAGCCUCCAAAUUCGAGGAGCGCAGCCCGCCGUGUGUCGACGACUUCCUUUAUAUUUGCGAUGAUGCCUACAAGAGGGAGGAGCUUAUUUCCACGGAGGCCAGCAUCCUGCAGGCCCUGUCCUUCGACAUCAACAUCCCCAUCGCCUACCGCUUCCUCAGACGCUACGCCAAGUGUGUGAGUGCGGGCAUGGACACGCUGACCCUGGCCCGGUACUACUGCGAGCUGAGUCUCAUGGAGAUGGAGCUGGUGACGGAGCGCGGCUCGCUGCUGGCCUCCGCCUGCCUGCUGAUGGCGCUCGUCACCAAAGACCUGGGAGGAUGGUCUCCCAUCCUGCAGUUCCACUCGGGCUACCAGACGUCGCACCUGGCGCCCGUCGUCAGGAAGCUCCACGCGAUGCUUUCGGCGCCUCCCGACGAUAAGCUGAGAGCCAUCAGGAACAAAUACUCGCACAAGGUGUUUUUCGAAGUCGCCUCCCUGCCGCUGGUCGACAUCGACACUUUGGAGAAAGUUUUAUCUCCGUGAAGGGAAAAGAAAACAGUCCUGCCAGUCUGAACUGAGUGGAAAAUAUUCAAAAGCUUCCCUCAAAGCUGUAUAUAAUUUGUUAAUAUGUUUAAUAUUUAUACGUGUAGUCGAGUCUGUCUUUUAUAUAAUAUUGAAAAUAAAUCUUCCAGUCCAGUUUGUGAUGGGGGGGUUUUAAUGUUGGCAUUUGUUAACAGGUUUUGCCAGUUAUUAUGUUCAAGUGUGGCAUUCGUUUUUAUAGCCUUUUUAUAAAAAGAUAAAAGAAAGUAAAUUGAUGAGUGAAUUGUAAGCCCCCCCGGUGAGUGUGUGUGUGUGUGUGUGUGAUUUUUAAAAAGAGCAUCAGGAUUUGGUAAGUGCUUACUUUUACUGAUGGCCCACAGGUUUUAUAGGUUUUCAAAUAUUGUUGAAGUUAGCCCAUGUGCGUGUGUUUUCAUCCAUUGUACAGUUUAUCAUGUUCGUAAUCUACCAUCUAAAUUCAUCUAAUUGUUUGUGUAAAAGACGAUGGAUGAUGCUGUGCUAUUUUUAAAAUGGCUGCCAUGCGUAUCUUAAAAUAAAGAAGCGUUUUUUUCCCUUU